GGCAGCACAGUCGUGGUUUGGAGUUCGUUGUGGUUACAUCUACGCUCUUAAGUAAGAAAUUAGAAAAGUAUAUUGAGCUAUUUUUUCCUGAAAUAAAAUUAAACUCAACCCUAUAAGUUUUCAUACGGAUUUUAUCCUGUAUAGUGUAAUCAAAUUACAAUGAGUUCAGAAAACAAAAAAAGUGAAGUUGAAGUGGAGAAUGUUGCCGCUACCGAAGAGAAAGCAGAGACUAAAGAACUAAAAGGAGUCAAACGGCCAGCAGAUGAAAAAGCAACAGAAUCCAAAAAAGUGAAGAAGGAUGAAAAUGGCGCGGGCGAAGAAGAAGAAGAUGUAGAUGAUGAAGGCGAGGAAGUGGAAGGAGAAGAUGAAGAAUAUGACCUUCCCUAUGGCGAAGAAGAGGAUAUAGAAGCUGAAGAUGAGGAGGAAGAAGAAGGCGAUGAGGUAGACGGAGAAGAAGAUGACGAGGAUGCGUAAUAAUGAUAUACUAAGUAAGAGUGAGACUAAGUAAAAUAGAAAUAGGUGAUUUAUUAUUUAAAUUUGCAUAAAAUCUGCAAAUUAUAAGUAUAUGUAAUCAUGAACAUUGUAAACAUUGUUUGUGUAUAUAUUUUAAUAACAAAGGAAAUCCUACCAUAGACAGCAUUCAUACUAAUUAUAAGUUUUCCAGUUAAAUUAUUUAUGAUCCAUAUUUGACUUAGCUUAACAAAGAAGUUAACGGAAGCUUAAAUGUUAAGCAACUGUUACCAAUGACCGACAAUGCAUAUAGAUCUCCAAACCCGAGAAAUGUAUCUUAUACAAAAGGUACAUGACUCAAUUUCAUCUUAAUUUGGUCAAAUAUUGAGGCAAUUUUUGAGUAUUUAAGACAUUUAAUCCAACAGCAUCUUGCAGAUUGUAAUCCAAUCACAGACAUUCGCAAAGUUUAAUGUAACUCAAAAAUAUAAUUACAAACCAUUUAGAGAAAUGAAUCCUUCAAAAAUUAAUAAAGAAAUCAUUGCAACCAUUA